AUGAUGGUAACAUUUAAAUAUCUAAGUAAUAAUUUGACAAAAUCAAUAGAUUUCAAAUUACCGACUGAUUCAAAAGAUUACAAUGAAUCAGUUUCUUCAGAAAGAGAGAAAGCUACCACUACCACUACCAUUACUACUACUACUACUACUACUACUACUACUACUACUACUACUACUACUACUACUACUACUACUACUACUACUACUACUACUGCUACUACUACUACUACUACUACAACCAAUCACCAAUAA